AUGAAGAUGAUGCUGAAAGUGCAAAUAAUGGGCUCAAUCAUUAGUGCAGUUCAGGUGGACAUUUUGUUUCAUGGAUCAAUUCGUACUAGAACCAAAACACCUACAUCAGCUGCAAUCUGCUCUUAUCAUCAGCAGAAAACUUUUAUGUGGCUUUCAAUUCGAACGCUCUUCGUCGUUCUUAUGAUGACAAUUUCGACGGCAGCUUAUUUCACACGUCAAAUGAGACAAGACUUUGAGAAUGCUCGAGGACUGCGAUCAUCACCAGAUUUUGAUACUCAGUACGCCAAUAACUUCUUCAGAGGCUACGGAUCAGCCUCACAAUUCGGUCCCGAUUCGGGAUAUGCUGAAGACCGCUACUGGUGAAUGAUUCUGUG